CUGCCCUCUGACCCGGCGUUGCACAAUGCCCGAGCAAAUUCCCUGGGGGUGUGAACCGCGGCGUUCCUGCCCCUGGGCGGGGACGGGCAGCAGCCUCGCAGGGAGCCCGGGCGGAGAGCGCGCAGCCCGAACAGUCCGCCGACCCCGGCUCCUCCAGCGCCCCCGGGAGCUGCCGCCGCAGGCCCCCUCGCCGCCGGUCCCCGCCGCCAGGCCCGCCCGCCGCCGCAGCCAUGGCGGAAGUUCAUAGACGUCAGCAUGCCCGGGUUAAAGGAGAAGCCCCCGCGAAAUCCUCCACACACAGACAUGAGGAGGAGCUGGGGAUGGCGUCGGCCGAAACGCUGACCGUGUUCCUGAAGCUGCUGGCGGCCGGCUUCUACGGCGUGAGCUCCUUCCUGAUCGUGGUGGUCAACAAGAGCGUGCUCACCAAUUACAGAUUUCCCUCCUCACUAUGUGUUGGACUUGGCCAGAUGGUGGCCACAGUGGCAGUUCUCUGGGUAGGAAAGGCGCUCAGAGUAGUCAAGUUUCCUGAUCUUGACAGAAAUGUACCUCGAAAGACGUUUCCACUACCUCUGCUAUAUUUUGGGAACCAAAUCACGGGACUGUUCAGCACAAAGAAACUUAACUUGCCAAUGUUUACAGUUCUGAGAAGGUUCUCCAUCCUGUUUACAAUGUUUGCUGAAGGAGUUUUGCUCAAGAAGACUUUUUCUUGGGGUAUUAAGAUGACUGUAUUUGCAAUGAUUAUUGGAGCCUUUGUAGCUGCCAGCUCUGACUUGGCAUUUGAUCUGGAAGGAUAUGUUUUUAUUCUGAUAAAUGAUGUCCUGACAGCAGCAAAUGGUGCAUACGUAAAACAAAAAUUAGAUUCAAAAGAGCUGGGAAAAUAUGGCCUCCUCUAUUACAAUGCACUGUUCAUGAUUCUGCCCACCCUGACCAUUGCAUAUUUUACAGGAGAUGCGCAAAAGGCAAUGGAUUUUGAAGGCUGGGCUGAUACCUUCUUUCUUCUGCAGUUCAUCCUCUCUUGUGUGAUGGGGUUUAUCUUGAUGUACGCCACAGUACUCUGCACUCAGUAUAAUUCUGCUCUAACAACUACAAUAGUUGGCUGUAUUAAGAAUAUAUUAAUAACUUAUAUUGGAAUGGUCUUUGGUGGAGAUUAUAUUUUCACAUGGACAAACUUCAUUGGCUUAAAUAUCAGUAUUGCUGGGAGCCUGGUGUAUUCCUACAUAACUUUCUCUGAAGAGCAGCUGAGCAAACAGUCAGAGGCCAGUAACAAGCUGGACAUUAAGGGAAAAGGAGCAGUAUGACCAGAGGAUUGCAUCAAAUACAUAGGCCCAAGUUUCUUAUCAAUUCAGAACACUGGCAGUUCCUACACAGAUACUGAGGUUGAGGUGUCUUGAUUAUGGAGAAAAUACCAUUCUUUUGCACUUGUACAACCUGAGGAUUGAUUGCUGCCUUUUAAAAUUUUAUGAGAAAAAACUUAUAAUUGACUCUAUUUUAAAUAUGCCAUUUGAAUUAAUUUAUAUCAGACUAUAAAAUGCACCAGGCUUUUUAAUUUAUUUUUCUUCUAUGCUGACAGUGAAACAUCAGAGUUUUGAAAAUAUUCUAUUCCAUAGUUUGAUAUCCAGGUGUCCCUGAGAGCUGCAUAUAUAAAGUGCUCCAAAUGGAGCCUCAUCAUUCAAAUCAUUGCUCUGUCUGGAAGCAGUAUAGCCUCCCUUCUGCUGGAAAUGCAGCCAAGUAUCUGAAAUUUCUCUUCUUUGAAUUUUAUUUCUGAACAAUUGCAUUUUCUUCAUAAGGCCGCCAUCAUUGCAUUCACCAAAGAUGAUACCUUUUGCACUGAAAAAAAAAAAAGUGGGGCUUUGAAAUGUAUUGGUUUCCAUGUUGGCUUCCCUGAGAACUCAUGGGAUAAGCAGAGUGCAUUCUUUGAAAAUACAGUGUUUCCUCUUUGUUGUGAAUGAUAUGAAUAAUGAGGGGAGGGAGGAAGUAGGCCUUUUACCCUGUCUUUAUUCAUCUGUCUGAUUCAUUCAUUCAACUAAAAUGUACUGAAUAUGUCAUAUGGGCCAGGCAUUGUGCUAAGUGUAGGGGUACAGGUAUGGUUUUGGAGGUAGUUGAAUCUCAGUUGUACAGUGAUGACUGAGGCUAAGACAGAAGACGAUCCAUUCAGAAUAUGGUACGAGUAUGAACAAGUCACAGAGCUUUUCUGCUCGUAGAAACUGCAAAUCUAUAAAUGGGGUUAGAAGCACUCCCCCACCAACCCCACCGCUGUGUAAAACCAAAUGCUCCAGUGUGAGGUCAGUGUGUGCGGAGCUCAGCCGUUGUUCUCUGAGUGAGAAUGGCAUGCAGGUGAGGUGGUCACCAUCUGCUCCCCCGGGCUGCCCUCCUCCGGGUUAGGUGGUUACUCUUUUUUUGCUCCUCUUCAAGUCAGUAUGACCAGGUCUCUCAUUCCUGGAGUACAGGCUUGAGGGCGAAGGCUGCUUGGAGGUUCCCUACCAUCAAGCCUUGGUCUGCCUUGUCAGUGUCAGAGCCGUUGUCUUCCUUUCUCCUCAGAUGGGAGGAGCCUCCCUUCUUCGGACACCCCACCUAUGUCCCGUGCCCCUUGGCUCACUUCCUGAGCAUGCCUGCUUCUCUCAAGACCAGUGCUGCACCCUGGGAGCCUGAGUUGCCUCAUUGGGUCGGGCAGGGUAUUAACACAGACACAGUCCAGUGACUUGGCCCGUGACCUCCACUGACUGUGGGCACGAGUGUUUGCUCAGGCCAGUGUGCUGUCCAUGUACACAAGGCUGGGUACCUUUGCACUGGUGCACACACCAGCUUCAAUCUCCCUGGUUUUGGAAGCCACUGGGCUCUGGUGACUAAACAGUAUUUCGGUGCCUCAGCAGGUGACUGGGAAGGUUUCAAUUUCUUUUUAAUCUUUGGAAAAUUAUAUUGAGGUCAUUUUCAUAAUUUCAAUGUCUUUCUCUUAUUUCUGUGUAACUUUUCUUAAAGCCUGGCCUGUUGUACUGGGUCCUUAGAAUUAGGCUCAUGACCAGUUUCCAAUUUAGAAGUUCCAAGUAACAGAUCCUAAGGCUAACUUUUUUCCAGUAUCAUCUGAUAUGAGAAAAUAUCAGUGGGAGAAUAGGAUAUGACAUUGUGUAAGAUGGUUUUUAUUGUCCCUGUUUUACCAAUGAGAAAACAAAACUCUAGAGAAAGUCAGUGACUUGCUAAUAAGUCAAAAUUAAUGGUUUUUACAUUGAACCAUGCUUCCAUGAUUAACUGCCCUUAUUUUCUGAGAAAGUGAGGAAACAGGCAUGCUAGCUGAGUUAAUUUGGAGCCAGAGACAAACAGGCUUUGCAAAUCAGGGAGCAUGAUGGGUAAUGUAUGCCAGAGCUCACUCUAUUCCAGGCUGGGCUCCACUGAUAGGCACUUCUGACUGUGAAUGUUGUGCACACUGCCUGGUUUUGCCUGAGCAAAGGGUGAAGGCACUGCGAGAGCUAAUUUUAGGGGUUUCAUUUCUUUUUCUGUCAGCCAUGUGAAGAAAGGUACUUUGACAUUAGAAGUCAUUUGUGUUGAGGAAUUUCUCAUCAUGAAAGGCCUUUGGAUGUUGUUUAGAGGAGGUUGGGUAGAACCCCACCAGGUGUUCAACUGUUUCUUGGGGGUCAGGUUACCUUGAAGAUCUGUCAUCUCUCCAGAUUUAUUUGAGAAAAUCACAUACAGUUAUAGCUUCACUAAAUGCACAUGACCUCAGGGCCCCUGGCCUAUACCUAAUGAACUUUCUGACUGAUCAGAAGCAGUAGAGCAACUUACAGCUUCUUCCCUUUCCAUAUUCUGGUUCCUGGAAGCCCCCUUCAUCUGGCACCACCAUGGCAAGAUAAGAGAAGGCGGCCUGGGAAGUUGGAGAUCGACUGGACUGGGCAGCCAUCUUUGGAGUUUGUUUUCAGUUAUGUGUAGGCUUUGUUAUUGUACACUAGAGAUUUACCUGAUACUCUAGCAUCACCCAAAUGUCUGGAUUUUGCCCCAAGGUUAAUUCUUUACAAGACAAAAUUUUUUGACCUAUUAACUACCUCUUGGGAGAAAAAGAGUCAAUGUAGAGUGAAUUCCUUAAUUUGCCUUUUGAGACAGAUGAGCUGUGAUGAGAAUUCUGAAAGCCAAACUUUAUGGCUAGUGGCUCCUUUUCUUGAGUUGGUAACAGUGAAGUCCUCUUUGGCCAGUCUGCGGUUAGUCAGUGCCAGAUCGAUCUGAAUAACCCUGACUGCACAUUGCCAACAUGUCAGGUGUUUUUUUAAUCACCACAUGGCUGUUGACUUUAUGAGUCAAUCAUUUGUAGGAUCCAACUUGCAUGUAGACUUUCUUUAAGUGCAUUUGCACAUUUUCUGUAGUCCUGUUGUAUCAGGAAUCCAUGGAAAGUCCAGGUCAGUAAAGUUGAUGCAGGAUCUUCAUGGAAAGAUUAGUAGUUUCACAUUUGACUGGUUUGGAAUAGUACCUAGGAUCUUGGGUCUGCCUUUGCUUUGUUAUUAGGGCCUCAUUCAGUGAGCAAAGAUUUACUGAGCAUCUAUUUUUCACAAGGCGUUAUGCUAAGCUCUGGGGAAACUGAGAUGAAUAGCACAUGGUUCUUACUUUCCAGGAAUCUACCAUCAUUUAGCCAGAAUGUAAUUGGGAAAAAGAAGCAGAUGAAAGGAGUUGGUAAUUUGUAAGCUUCCUGCACUAUUACCAGUAUCACUAAUUAGGGAUGCCCCACCCAUAGGGGCAUUUUUAUCAUCUAAGAGGACUUUUGUAACUCUUAACUACCCUUGAAACUCUGAGAUAAGUGUCAAGCUAUUAGAAUUCAGUGAAUAGCUGGGUCUCUCCUCCCUCACUGCACAUAUUCUUUCUUUCCCAUGGCUGUGUAAUAUUAGUUCCUCCUUAUGAACACUGUUGUAGUUGAACACAGUUGUAAUUUCCCUCAGGGAGGGGAAAGCAGUAAUAAUAAGAAUAAAUGAGGUAAUAGUUGUGAGACUAGUUAGCACAAUGCCUAGUACAUAUUAGGCACUCAGCAAAUGUUACUGCCAUUAUUUCCUGGUGUGACUAUAGACAAAUCAAGAUGUUCAAUUUCGCUCCUUAAUGCUAGAGGCUGGGCAAUGUGUGUUUUUCUGGAAAAAUGUGACCCUGUACUUCGUUGCCACUAAAAUGAUUAAGUUUCUAUUCAUAGUCUUUUUUAAAAUACUAACUAGAUACAGUUGUGGCCACUCUGUGAUGCAGGUGAUUCCACCUGUUUUUAAAAAAGAAUCAAAUUACUCUCAUAUUUUUAUGGUAAAUUUCAAAGAAGAGAAAUAAUUUUCCAUGUUAGAGGAAGAUAAUCACACUUCAGAAUCGUUGUUAAAACUUGCAGCAUGUCACCUCCAGGAAGCUCCUGUGCGGGCCGGACUUUCCUUCUUCCCUUCUCUGAAUUAAAUGCCUUGGUUUGCGCUGCCUCGUCUCCAGGCUCAUCUCAGUUAUUGGUGUUUGUGAACCUCUGGCAACAUCACUGUUUUCUAAACCUAUCUUCUAGAUUUUCCUGUUAGAUGCCACUUUAUCAGAGUAACAAGAGAUACCCUAUGGUGGCUUUUCUUUAAGGUUUCUCUUUUGAAAAUACUUUUUAAAAAAGAAAUCUACUGGUUAGAUUUAUUGUCUCUCAAAAAAUGUUUUUAGAGUUUAUUUUGUUCAUAAAUAUUUCUUUUUCAUGCUGACAAUCAACUGAUUUUUGUCUACAAAUGUUGGCCUAUUGCAGUAUUUUUUCAAUAUAGAUUCUAUUUGCCAAAUGACCAUUUUUGUGUUUUUAAAAGGUACUGGGAAUUGAGAUAUGUAAAUCAGGUGACAUAAACAUGAAAAUUAUGUGCCUAAAUAUUUUUGUAAAGGUGUCAAAUAAAUAAUUUUCCUGAACAUA